GGUAAAUAUGAAGAAAAAAACAACAGAGAAGAAGGGCCAUGUAGUUGCAUGGGUCAACAAAGCAGAAUGGGACCAGGUGGUUGAGUACCUGUACUCAAAGGAUUGUGCAUUACAAAACUAUGCAUUACACAGAAUAUCAGAGUGGAAAGGCAGGUAGGUCCAUCCGGCUGGCCAGACAGAUAGGUCCGACCGGCACGCCAGACAGCUUGGUCCGGCCAGCAAGAUAACUAGGUCCGGCCGGCCAGACCAAUAGCUAGGUCGUGCCAGCCGGACAGAUAGCUAGGUCCGGCCGAGUAAGGGUUACACAUAUUUGAUCUUCAGAUAAUGUUAUCCUGUCGCAAAAUGACUAUUUUGUUAGAUAAUCACAGAAUAGUUGAUAUGUGUUCGCUUAGCUUGUAGCUAGUUUGUGUUCAAGUGAGGUUUCACAGCUGUUUUCCGGUGAACAAACAGCGGUUCCUUGAUGUGUUUUUACGCAAGUAUUAUCACAUAAUUUGGUUUAUUUUGUCAGGUAUGCCCACAACACUCCCAUCGCUCAAGAAAGCACAUCAGACCUGGUGAGAUGUCAGAUACUUGACCGAUCAGGACAACUUCACACUAACGACCUGGUCUUCCUUUAUGCAACAGCGUUCGUGAGGUAGGAAUCGCCAUAGUGUCUGUAGUGUAUUAGGAUUAUGGAAUGUUGUUUAUCUUAGUUCAAAUGUAGCAGUUGGAGGGUGACGCCCCAGGGGGGAUAGGUGAUUGGACGAAAAAGGGAGCAACCCAUUUAUUGCCAUUGUUUAUAAGUAGGACCUAGACAAAGAGCGGGCAGAGGCAUUCAGAUUAAUUUGGGAAGGUGCUUCUCCAGACACCGCGGGUCUGUAACUUAUGCUGUAAACUUGUGAUAUUAAUAAAAGCUUCUAAUCACGGUGCAGCCUAAGCAGACUCUGUGUUUGACAGCAAUAGCCACCAACAUCCGACGGGACACGACAUGUCCUAAUUCUAUGUGAAUCGCUUUGUUAAAAUGUUUAUCUCACAUGUCAUGUUCAAAUGUUACAUUAUCUCACAUGAUAGGUUGGCAGCUGUAUUGUUUGCAAUCGUUGUUACAAAUAAUACUCACACAAUCAACAAUGUAGGGUGAUUGCAGGGCUGGAGCCAGAAUGAAUCAGCUGGAUGGGCAUUUGAUUUCCAUAAGGGGUCACGUUUUUUCACGGGACCUCCUAUGUGUACAGUGCACAAUGGAAAUUAAAAAUAAACUCGAACCGCUGGGCCUCGAGGGACCCCCCUUCAAGCUCAUUCUAACAGUGUAAUUAAUACACGUAAUAUAUGCUGUUUAUGAAGGUCUUAGGUUUUUACGCAAAUAACACAAAAGCAUUUUCAUUAGUUUAUGUUACUGUAAGAUACGUAAAAACACAAAUUCAAGUGUUCAAUACAUUUUAAUCAUGGGGUGUCUUUGUUACAACUAUGAAAUAGAAAGCAUAUGUGUUGGAACACCAACCACCAAGACGUAUGGUCAGCAAGAUGCUUAGACGAAAACAUCAGUAGCCUAAACAUCAUUACAGUAUAGGCGCCAAGUGUGCUUGAUAAAUAGUGAAAAUCAGCACAAAAGCAAUAAUGGCAUUAUAAUGAAUAUAAGUGUCAAUAUGACACGACAGUAGAUACUGUCAGUUUGUGUGUCUUCACGCAAUGGUAUCAAUUGGAGCAUGUCCAUGUCACAAACAACGAAAGCUGGCGAGUGCGUUCCUGAUGUUGUUUUUUUGCUUGAGAUGUAGGGCCUGCUCUCUCUUUUGGAUAAAAGUGUCUGCUAAAUGGCGUAUAUUAUUCAGUGAUGACAUUUUGUGCUGAUAAUCCUGAUAAUCCAAACGGUGCCACAGUUUCAUUUGUUGGUGGCACAGGCAGUGCGCACCGUUCUGGCUUUUUUUGCGCUAAGGCCUCGGAGGUGUAGGUUCAGGCUGAGGCUCAGAAUCAGAAGAAGAAUCAUCAGAGAUAUAAUUAUUAAUUUCUUCCCCAUCAUCUGAGUCGUUUUCAUUCAGAUUUUGUAGCAAUGCCAACGCAGCAUGUGCAUCCAUUCGUCUUGGUCUUCUUACUAUUGUAAAUUACACACGCUCUUUGAAGUCCUAAUCCAAGUAAACCAGAGUAGACUGAUAAAACUGCUUGGAUUCUGUGGACUGAUUUAGGGUACAUACCCUUUUGAGAUAAUAUAUAAUUAGAAUGGAUCAAUACAAUAAAAUUGCCCACCCUGUACUUCAUUCACAAUUGGUGAUUACAUAAUUAUGCAUUAUUCGCUUCCCCUCGCUCAUCAAUUCUCCAAUUCUCCCCCUUUCUCCACCAUCAUACUUUACUUAAUUUCUUUCAUCUCUGUUGUUAUGUCUGUGAAAUUAGUUUCGGUAUAGUUUCGGUUCAGUUUCGAGGCAAUUAUCGUGGUGAUUAUCAGCUGGGCACGGCACCUUCAACUAUCGGGUGAAGGAAUGUAGCAGGCUCUACUGUCGGGAGAAGAAACUACUACACUGUCUCUCAACGGAGAAAGCGUCCGAGAGAACGAAACAGCGCCCGUCUGUCUUACUAUACAGUGCAUUCGGAAAGUAUUCAGACCACUUCCCUUUUUCCAUACUUUGUUACGUUACAGCCUUAUUCUAAAAUGGAUUAAAUCAUCAAUCUACACACAAUACCCCAUAAUGACAAAGCGAAAACAGGUUUUUAGAAAUGUUUGCUAAUGUAUUAAAAAUAAAAAACUGAAAUACCUUAUUUACAGAAGUAUCCAAACCCAUUACUAUGAGCCUCUCAAUUGAGCUCAGGUGCAUCCUGUUUCCAUUGAUCAUCCUUCAGAUGUUUCUACAACUUGAUUACCUGUGGUAAAUUCAAUUGAUUGAACAUGAUUUGGAAAGGCACACACCUGUCUAUAUAAGGUCCCACAGUUGACAGUGCAUGUCAGAGCAAAAACCAAGCCAUGAGGUCAAAGGAAUUGUCCGUAGAGCUCCGAUACAGUAUUGUGUCGAGGCACAUAUCUGGGGAAGUGUACCAAAACAUUUCUGGAGCAUUGAAGGUCCCCAAGAACACAGUGGCCUCCAUCAUUCUUAAAUGGAAGAAGUUUGGAACCACCAAGACUCUUCCUAAAGCUGGCCGCCCAGCCAAACUGAGCAAUCGGGGGAGAAGGGCCUUGGUCAGGGAGGUGACCAAGAACCGGAUGGUCACUCUGGAGAUGGGAGAACCUUCCAGAAGGACAACCAUCUAUGCAGCACUCCACCAAUCAGGCCUUUAUGGUAGAGUGGCCAGACGGAAGCCACUCCUCAGUAAAAGGCACAUGACAAACCGCUUGGAGUUUGCCAAAAGGCACCUAAAUGACUCUCAGACCAUGAGAAAGAAAAUUAUUUUGUCUGUUGAAACCAAGAUUGAACUCUUUGGCCUGAAUGCCAAGCGUCAUGUCUGGAGGAAACCUGGCACCAUCCCUACAGUGAAGCAUGGUGGUGGCAGCAUCAUGCUGUGGGGAUGUUUUUCAGCGGCAGGGACUGGGAGACUAGUCAGGAUCGAGGGAAAGAUGAACAGACUAAAGUACAGAGAGAUCCUUGAUGAAAACCUGCUCCAGAGCGCUCAGGACCUCAGACUGUAGCGAAGGUUCAACUUCCAGCAGGACAACGACCCUAAGCACACAGCCAAGACUACGCAGGAGUGGCUUCGGGACAAGUCUGAAUGUCCUUGAGUGUCCCAGCCAGAGCCCGGACUUAAACCCGAUCGAACAUCUCUGGAGAGACCUGAAAAUAGCUGUGCAGUGACACUCCCCAUCCAACCUGACAUAGCUAGAGAGGAUCUGCAGAGAAGAAUGGGAGAAACUCCACAAAUAUAGGUGUGCCGAGCUUGUAGUGUCAUACCCAAGAAGAUUCGAGGCUGUAAUUGUAACCGGUGUGAAAUGGCUAGCUAGUUAGCGGUGCGCGCUAGUAGCAUUUCAAUCGGUGACGUCACUCGCUCUGAGACCUUGAAGUAGUUGUUUCCCUUGCUCUGCAAGGGCCGCGGCUUUUGUGGAGCGACGGGUAACGGUGCUUCGAGGGUGACUGUUGUCGAUGUGUGCAGAGGGUCCCUGGUUCGAGCCCAGGUAGGGGCGAGGAGAGGGACGGAAGCAACACUGUUACAUAAUCACUGCCAAAGGUACUUCAACAAAGUGCUGAGUAAAGGGUUUGAAUACUUAUGUAAAUGUAUUAUUUCAGUUUUUUAUUCAAAAAAAAAUCUAAAAACCUGUUUUUGCUUUGUCAUUAUGGGGUAUUGUGUGUAGAUUGAUGAGGGGAAAAAACUAUUUAAUCCAUUUUAGUAUAAGGCUGUAACAUAACAAAAUGUGGAAAAAGUCAAGGGGUCUGAAUACUUUACGAAUGCUCUGUAUACAGUGCCUUCAGAAAGUAUUCACACCCCUUUACUUUUUCCACAUUUUGUUGUGUUACAGCCUGAGUUUAAAAAUGUAGGUUUUGUGUCACUGAUCUACACACAAUACCCCAUAAUAUCAAAGUGGAUUUUUUUUAUUAAUAAACAAUUCAAAGCUGAAAUGUCUUGAGUCAAUAAGUAUUUAAAUCCUUUGUUAUGACAAGCCUAAAUAAAUUCAGGAGUAAAAAUGUGCUUAACAAAGUUGCAUGGACUCAUUCCAUGUUCAAUAAUAGUGGUUAACAUGAUUUUUGAAUGACUACCCCAACUCUAUACCCCACACAUACAAAUAUCUGUAAGGUCCCUCAAUCGAAUAGUGAAUUUUAAGCACAAAUUCAACCACAAUGACCAGGAAGGUUUUUCAAUGCCUCGCAAAGAAGGGUACUGAUUGGUAGAUGUGUAAAAAUUAAAAUAGGUUAAUGCUGAAUAUCCCUUUGAGCAUGGUGAAGUUAUUAAUUAGGCUUUGGAUGGUGUAUCAAUACACCCAGUCACUACAAAGGUACAGGCAUCCUUCCUAACUAAUUUGCCGGAGAGGAAGGAAACUGCUAAGGGAUUUCACCAUGAGGCCAAUGGGGAUUUUAAAACAGUUAUAUAGUUUAAUGGUUAUGAUAUGAUAACUGAGGAUGGAUCAACAACAUUGUAGUUACUCCACAAUACUAACCUAAAUGACAGAGUGAAAAGGAAGCUUGUACAGAAUGAAAAUAUUCCAAAACAUGCAUACUGUUUGCAACAAGGCACUUAAUACUGGAAAAUGUGGCAAGGAAAUUAACUUUUUGUCCUGAAUACAAAGCGUUAUGUUUGGGGCAAAUCCAACACAACACAUCACUGAGUACCACGUCAUAUUUUCAAGCAUGGUGGUGGCUGCAUCAUGUUAUGUGUAGUCUUGUCAUCGGCAAGGACUAGGGAGUUUUUUAGGAUAAAAAUAAAUGGAAUACAGCUGUAAGCACUGGCAAAAACCUAGAGGAAAACUUGGUUCAGUCUGCUUUCCAACAGACACUGGGAGACGAAUUCACCUUUCAGCAGGACAAUAACCUACAUAAGGCCAAAUCUACAUUGGAGUUGCUUACCAAGACGACAUUGAAUGUUCCUGAGUAGCCUAGUUAUAGUUUUGACUUAAAUUGGCUUUAAAAUCUAUGACAAGACUUGAAAAUGGCUGUCUAGCAAUGAACAAUCAACUUGACAGAGCUUGAAGAAUUUUUAAAAAUGAUAAAAUGGGCAAAUAUUGUACAAUCCAGGUGUGCAAAGCUCUUAGAGACUUACCCAAAAAGACACUGCUGUAAUCACCACCAAAGGUGCUUCUACUGAGUAUUGAUUCAGCGGUGUGAAUACUUAUGUAAAUUAGAUAUUUCAUUUUUAAUACAUUUGCUAACAUUUCUAAAAACAUGUUUUCACUUUGUCAUUAUGGGGUAUUGUGUGUAGAUGGAUGAGAAACAAUCUAUUUAAUCCAUUUUGAAUUCAGGCUGUAACACAACAAGAUGUGGAAUAUGUCAAGGGGUACGAAUACUUUCUGAAGGCACACUAUAUUUAUAUUCCAGAUUCUGACAUUUCUCAUUCUAAUAUUUCUAAAUUCCUUUCCUUUUCUUUUUUUGCGUGUAUUGUUUUGUAUUGUUAGGUAUUACUGCACUGUUGGAGCUAAGAACAUAAGCAUUUCACUACACCCGUGAUUACAUCUGCAAAAUAUGUGUACGCAACCAAUAACAUUUGAUUUGAUUUAAUCAUGUCAUUUAUAACCACAUCAUAACAAUUUGCCUAUAUUAAGAGGGUCAAGACGUUCUGUCUGUUCUCUAGUCUGCACAGCAUCUCCUCUCCCCUACCUAUACAUGAGGGCCUCUCAAGAGAUACAUUUUGUUAUUAACAUCACUCUAGAGUAAUUUUUAUAGCGUAUGGUUAUGUACUCAUCCCAGCCUUUCACUGUGAUGCCAUUACGUUGUGUUGAGGGGUAGGGUGGAUGCAAUCAACAGGUGGCAUGUGUGUUUUUCGGUUGUGAGGCAAUAGCACCCAUAGCAAUUAUAGACUAUAUUUCUCUUUUCAAUUAUAUGAUCUGUAUAUUCGGUCCCAGAACAUGAAUUGUGAGCUUGGUCAUCAUUGCUGUGUUCGUUUGUUGUGUAGGAUUUCUAGAGGAGGACAAACCGAAGAUAUUGUGGCCAGCACCUUCUGCAGACAUGAGCUGGAUCCUUGCCCAGAUCAAGCACUUUGCACUAGAGUCUAGGUCAGUUAACACAUUCAUUGGUAUUGUAGUGAUUAUGUCAAUGCGACAAACUGCAUCAGAUUGUAUUUAACAAAUAAUCAUUUUAUUGAAAUGACAAAGCUCCAGGUCCUCAUUGUUCUUUUUCCCACAUAGUGAAAUACUAAUAGAUGCAUUGAUGGAGGAUGGAGUCAUGGUUCCAACCAUUGAACAGCUGGAGUCACUUGGUGUUGACCCCUUAGGUAAGACUGGGAUUAGGUUGUUUUCCCCCAAUAAAGUCCUUAAAAUAAAUAUUUGUGUAAAUUCCAUGUUGAUUUUAUAGAUUAACGGAUGUUGUAGUAAUACUGGGGACAAAAAUACUGUAAGCCAUACACACUUACCUUACUGAGAGAAUAAUGUAUUUGUUUUUUAAGAUAAUGCCUACCCCACUGCUCCCGGCCUCCCUCGAGUCGUCCUGCAUUUCUGGCUGCUUAAAGACAAAACAGUGCCAGAUUUUCCUGAUACCGUUAUGAAUCAAAAAGCCAAAGGAAUGCCAGACUGGAGGACAAGAUCUUCAUGAAUUGUAUCCAGCUGAGGUGGCAGCAACUCCUUGCAGCAUGUCUGAAUGCUCCCUACGUGGCCAUGCCUCACCUGCUCCAGCAGUAACUGACUUAAUUAUGUACACACAUCACUUAUUGUAUUCUCUACUGAGCUGUACGAGCUUAUGAAAUACAUUUUCUGCCAUUAUGUUUGAAAAUGACUUAAUGUUUGAACUUUUAGGAUCCUGGUGGACAUGGAGCACCUGAUGCCUUUGGACACCCGACAGAAGCUACUCAGACUGAGUAGUAUCUACACCCAGGGGGCAGACUCAGGCCACCCUAGCUGUAUCUACACCCUGAAGAUCCUGCAUGAGAGUCUGCGGCUGCAGUCCAGACACCAGGUUCACACGAAGCGCCCAGGCACCGUGUCUGACCCAUGCAAGGCCCAGCCAGAGAGGACGGAGGACGUCCAAGAGUAUCUGAGCCCAGAUGCCCUGUCCGAGAAGGCCGCGGAACUCAGGGGUUCUCCCUGGCAAGUUUGCACAGGUCAGUUCAGUUGUCAUGGCAAUUUGCAGAACAUGAAAGUGAUUGGGUAUUCUGAUUCCAUGUUAUUUCAUUAUAUCUAAAUAGAUUUGUAUUGAUAAGCAAUAAUCAACUUACAAUGCAUUUUGUGUUUUCUCACCUGUUUAGACAAACUCCAGUGGAAGAACCCUAGGGAAAGUCCCAGGCCAGUCUGAGGACCCUUCCUGCCUGAUGGUGAAUUACUUCUCUACCAUGACUGUGUUUGACCAGCAGGUUGAGAUGGAGAAUGCCAGUCAGCACAAUGCACAUGCAGGCUAAGAAACAACAAAACAAUAUCAGUUAUACUGUAAAUCAGUAGGCUUCCAUAGAAAUAGAACUAUGAAUAUAGAGGGGUUGGUUGUUUAACAACCAUGGGGCAAAACAGAUGAAGUUGGCUUGCUUACAUUGUUGACAACAUUUAAGCUAUAUUUAGUCUCCACUGUUUAUUGAAAACAUAAAUACAUUUGCACAAUGACCACUUGUUUCUCAAAUACAUCUUUACAGUUGUUGGUUCGCUAGCUAGCAAAUUUUAGCAUUGACAUAAAAUCACUCAAAACACCUCAAAACAAGACAUGGUAAUAAUAACAAGAUGAAACAAGCUGAAACGAGUCACUUACGAUUCCACACAUGGCAGUUUCUUGUCAUUCUUGCUAUCAAUCUGGCCAUUCAUAAUCACAACAACAGGCUGAUUUCUGCACAAUGGAAGCACGCACAUCGUUUUCAGCCAACCCAUCUGAGUAAGCAAUAGAUCAACCAUCACUAAAAUUGUGCUUACUUUAUCUGAUCAGUAAUGUUUCUGUUAAUCUUUCUACAGGGUCUCAAUGCCUCACCGAGUCUUCACUGAUGGGCUUCUCUGGACACAAAAUGAUCUCAGCAAAUUGA